UUCUCAAUACUGACUAGUAGGUGUUUUUUUUUAAGAUAUUGAAUGCAUAUAAUGACAUCAUUAUAAUAGCAUACCAGAAUAGACUUUCUCAUAAAAACUUCCCAUCCAAAGACUGCAUUAGCAUACUUGAAUGGUUUCAAGCUCAUCCCGUUAGCAUAGCAAACACAUCGUGUUGCAUUAUGAGUAAUACCAUGUCUAAAAUGAACUACUCAGCAUUGGAACAGAACAGAAAUGAACCAGACAUGCAGGCCACAACUACUCAUACUAUACCUCACAUAGAUUUUCCCUUCCAGAAGGUAAGGCAGUGGAAAAAAAGGCUAAGAAUCUAUGUCAUUGUCCUAGCGCUUCUAGGCUCAUGUACUCUAUAGAUUUAACUAGAAUCACGUUAAAUGUCUCUGAAAACCCUCUCCGCAGGAGACGCUAGAAAGACGUCGGGAGUGCCUAACACGACAAAGAGACGCAGUCAAACACAGACUGAAGAAUCUGGCCACGCGCCAGUCAAAUAUCACAGUAAGACCUUCCAGACUGUUCCAAUACUAUCCCUCUUUGGUUGUGUACACUGUAAGAUGUUAAGUUCUGUGUACCGGAUGAAGCGAUCCCAUGUACCUGACCCCAGUGGUGGAUGACUUGUACUUGCCUCAGAGGAGGUCUCUGGCCAUAAAGGAGAGCAUCAUCAGGAAGUAUGAGGAGCUCCAGAAGGUUCUGGAGGAGGACCUGAGGCUCACGCUGGCCUUCCUUGAUGUGCAGGAGCGAGCGGCCGUCUACGCCCUGGACGGACUCAUGGAGAGCAACUGCUCUCUCAUCCAGGAGAUAGAGCAGGACCUGGCCAGGACCACUGCCCAAAUGGCCCAGGAGGACAUGCCCACCGAGGAGAUGCAGGAAACAGAGAUCGUGAAAAGGUACGUUGUAGUAGCCAAUCGCAUGGUUCGUCCUCCAUCCUGCAGAACUGGUCCAGCUUCUUCACCCUCUUUGUUGACAUCCAUCUCCCUCAGGAUCAGCCACCUUCUCAACAGCACAGACCCCAGCACCAUUAGCCUGGAUGAGGCCAUGGCAGACCAGAUCCUCAGCCUGACCGACCGGAUGUUCCAACUCAUCCGAUCUCAGACGCCAAUCACCAAGCAGCUCAUCAAGGCCUAUUCCAGCCAGGUGUCCCUGGACCCGGAGACGGCCCACCCCAAACUCCUCAUCUCGCCCGGGGGCGACCGCGCCACCUACACGCAGGCCUGGCAGGAAGUGGCCGACCUCCCGGGGCGUUUCGACAGCACCCUCAACGCCAUCAGCCUGCAGGGCUUCAGCGACGGCCGCCAUUACUGGGAGGUGGACGUGACUGGGAAGACCUACUGGGAGCUGGGCCUCACCUACCCCACCAUCGCCCGCAAGGGCAACUCCGAGGACUGCUGGCUGGGGCGGGGCAAGGAGUCCUGGUGCGUGGAGUUCUUCGACGGCGAGUACACGGCCUGGCACGGCGGCGUCCCCCACCAGCUUCCUGUCACGCGGCGCUUCCGGCACAUCGGGAUACUGUGCAGUUUCCCCGCGGGCAUGGUGACGUUCUUGGGGGCUGACGACAUGACCCCGCUGUUCUGCUUCUGCGUCGGAAGCUUCACGCACCCGCUGCACCUGGCGGUGUGUCCGGGACACGACCACAACGGGGCAAACGUCAACCCCAUCGUGAUCUGCAGCGUGACUUGACCGACCCUUUGUUAGGCUUUGUAGUGCGCUGCUAUUGAUGUCCUUGUUUUUUUCCUGUUUUAUCAGGAAAGUCUUAUGAGUGGAAUUGCUGAUCGGUUUAUUGUUGGUUGGUUAUUUAUCGUUGUUGAUUUUGUUUGGGUUAACUUUAUCGGUCACCGGUUCGUUCUAACAAAAUACAUUUUCUGAAUAUAGAUUUUAAACAAUAAUGGAAUUUAGAUUUGAAACAAUAACGGUUUAGUUAAACCUAAACCAGAAAAGUUCUCGGAAUUUAGGGCUGCUGUAGAGUCCUGGGCGGUAUUCAGUUGAUUGCAAUCUGCAACCUCACCACUAGAUGCCACUAAAUCCUACACACUGCGCCUUUAAAUCAAUCUCACCAAUAUCAGCAGGUGACUUCAAAUGGAUUGGCCAAUGUCUACAUUCAAACAGAUAGUACGCUCUUUACCAACAUGCACUCUGGAACGUUUGCAAUGACCUAAGUUGCACCCACCUACUAAUUUUCACUCGAUUUUAAAAUUAAAUAAAAAGGGAAAUCUGAGAAACGGCAUAAAAUGCCUCAUGGGUUUGUAAGUUGAAUUG